AUGAAAGCCUUUCUCUUCCUGGGCACGGCCUUCCUGGCCGGGUUGGCCCAAGCCACCAACUCUUCCACGCCUCUGUAUAAGCACCCCAACGCCACUCUGGAUGACCGAGUAUCCGACCUCCUUAAGCGAAUGACCGUCCAGGAGAAGGUGUCCCAGCUGAUCCAGGGAGAUAUAAGAAACUAUCUCAACCUCACUGAUGGCACCUUGAACCAGACCGGACUGGAGUGGAGCAUGUCCACCCGCGGCCAUGCGGUUUGGUCUGGUCUCUACGCGAAGCCUGAGAUAGUCAAGCUGGGUGCCCAGAUAGCCCAGGAUUACCAGAUGAAUCAGACCGAGCUAGGCAUCCCGACCUACGUCUCAGGCGAAGGUCUGCACGGGUUCCUCGCCCUGAACGCGACAAUCUUCAACUCGCCCAUCGGGAUCGGCUGCUCGUUCAACCCGGAGCUGGUCGAGAAGAUGGCGAGGGUCAUUGCCGUCGAGGCGCUGGCGCUGGGCGUCAACCAGCUCUUCUCGCCGGUCGUUGACCUGGCCAGGGAGCUGCGCUUCGGUCGUGUGGAGGAGACGUUCGGGGAGGACCCGUACCUGUCAGUCAUGUUCCCCCCAAUUUCCAAGUCUGAGGAUUUUAACGCUGAUGGGGGAGAAUGCAGGGCUGGUGAAUUUGGGUACCAUUACACCAAGGGCUUGCAAGCCGAGGGUGCUUGCGCCCAGGUCAAACACUUUGCGGCCUUUGCUUCUCCUGAGCAAGGGAUCAACACUGCGCCUGUGCACGGGGGAGAGCGCGAGUUGCGCAGCCUCUAUCUCCCACCGUUCAAGCGGGCUAUAAUCGACGGCGAGGCUCUGUCGGUCAUGUCGUCGUACAACUCGUACGACGGGUAUCCCGUCAUUUCGAAUCCUCACAUCAUGACCGACAUCCUUCGUGGAGAAUGGGGGUAUGAGAACUUUGUGAUUUCUGAUGCUGGUGCGACGGCCCGGCUCAUCGAUGCGUUCCAUAUCUGCGGGAAGAAUGAUAAUGAAUGUAUCACGACUGAAGUCCUCCCUGCAGGCAAUGACGUGGAAAUGGGCGGUGGACUCUACAGUUUCGAGAUCAUCCCUGAGCUGGUAGAGUCUGGCAAGCUGGACAUUAAAACCGUAGACACGGCUGUUUCUCGUGUUCUGCGUGCCAAGUUCGCCCAGGGUUUGUUCGAGAAGCCAUACAGCGGCGUGCCAGAUGACGAGAUCUUUGAUUAUCUGGGCACCAAAGAGCACAAGAAACUUGCUCAGGAGCUGGAUGCCGAGAGUAUCGUGCUCCUGGAGAACCAUGACAACGUUCUGCCACUCAAGAAGGACGCAAACGUUGCCGUCAUUGGCCCUAUGGCCCAUGGCUAUGUCAAUUACGGCGACUAUGUGAUCUACACUUCCCAGUAUCACGGCGCUACACCUCUCGACGGCAUUGAGGCUGUCAGCGAAGGGACUGUCACGUACGCAAAGGGUUGCGAACGCUGGUCCAACGACGAGGCAGGCUUCGCCGAGGCAGUCGCCGCGGCAGAAGCGGCGGAUGUAGCGGUCGUGGUCGUGGGAACUUGGUCAAGAGACCAGGACGAGCUCUGGGCGCCUCUCAAUGCCACGACGGGCGAGUCGAGAGACGUUCACGAUCUGGGCCUUGUCGGCGCCAUGCCACGUCUCGUGCGUGCCAUCGUCGACACCGGCAAGCCCACAGUGGUGGUUUACAGCUCGGGCAAGCCGAUCACCGAGCCGUGGAUCUCGGAUGAGGCCGCUGCUCUUGUCCAGCACUUUUACCAGUCUGAAAUGGGUGGCCAUGCGCUGGCCAGCAUCCUAUACGGCGAUGUCAAUCCGUCGGGCAAGCUGUCCGUGAGCUUCCCCUACGACGUGGGCACCACCCCUAUUUACUACAACCACCUCAAGUCGGCGCGAUCAUACUACAACGUCGGUCAAGAGUAUGCCAACGGCACUCUCCAGUUCGGCCAGACCUAUGUUCUCCAGAACCCCACGGCGCUGUACACAUUCGGCUAUGGCCUGUCGUACAGCACAUUCACACUCUCUAACAUUCAAGCAUCUUCGGAGACGGUUUCGGAGUCCGACACGGUCACAGUGUCUGUCGAUGUCCAGAACACGUCUGACCGUGAUGGCGCCGAGGUUGUCCAGCUCUACGUGCAAGAUGUGCUCAGCUCGGUUGAAGUGCCCCGCUAUUCGCUCAAGGGGUUCAAUAAGGUCAAGGUCAAGGCGGGUGAGACAGAGACGGUGAAGAUAGAUCUCAAGGUGGAGGAUUGGGGCUUGUGGAACCGGAAGAUGGAGUAUGUCGUCGAGCCUGGAGAGUUCCUAGUUUUGGUGGGCACAUCCAGCGAGGACUUCGCGGGUAACGUGACCGUUACGGUGCAAUAG